AUGUGUAACAAGACACCAGUAGGAGAGAACCAACUCCAGAGGAUUAUCAGAGAUCUACACGCUUGUGUACAUGCGUGUUGUGCAUCUGAACCUGUAGAAGCAGUGACUGAGCUGAGUAAGGAACACAGAGAGACGGGUGAACCAAUCACAGACAACAGCCCCAACCUACAUAAACUGUCCUACAAACUAGAGUACCUGCUACAGUUUGACCAGAAGGAGAAGGCAGAUUUCCUAGGCAGCAGGAAGGAGUACUGGGAUUACUUCAGAGAGUGUCUUGCCAAGACAAGAGGAGUUAAUGACGGCCUGCGGCUAUACCAGAGUGAGUGGUACUUUGCUCGCAGUCCCUUCCUGAAGUCUCACCUCAGCAGUGACAUCAUCAGUCAACUGUAUGUUCUCAACGAGGUCCAGUUUGACGUGGCAUCGAGGUCACGACCUCGAUGCAGACAUUCUUCCGAGGAAGAUCUGUUGGCCAACACGGCCAGCAUCUAUGACCAACUUCCCGAAGCGCAGCUCAGGUCGCUGUUCCAGUGUCAACAGCCUGGUCAGCUACUCAGGGACGACCUACGCAUCCUGGUUGACCAUUCAGAGCUCAGACAAAAGGAGCUGCUGCACCAAUCAGAGGCGAGACAGGUGAAAUUGUUACAGCGAGUCAGAGAGCUAGACCAGGAGGCAGAGAGGCUGAGGACCGAGGUCAGAGAGCUGCAGGGGAAGCUAUUGGCUCACAACCAGGAAGCUGUGACAGCCAACCUCAACAACAUGGAUCUGUUGUCUAAACUAGACAGCCAGGAGAAGGAGAGGGACACAACGCUACAACAGACCCAGGUUCUACAGGAGGGAGAGGAGAGGGACUCAACACUACAACAGACCCAGGUUCUGCAGGAGGGAGAGGAGAGGGGCGCAGCGCUACAACAGACCCAGGUUCUGCAGGAGGGAGAGGAGAGGGGCGCAGCGCUACAACAGACCCAGGUUCUGCAGGAGGGAGAGGAGAGGGACGCAACGCUACAACAGACCCAGGUUCUGCAGGAGGGAGAGGAGAGGGACUCAACACUACAACAGACCCAGGUUCUGCAGGAGGGAGAGGAGAGGGACGCAGCGCUACAACAGACCCAGGUUCUGCAGCAGGGAGAGGAGAGGGACGCAGCGCUACAACAGACCCAGGUUCUGCAGGAGGGAGAGGAGAGGGACGCAGCGCUACAACAGACCCAGGUUCUGCAGCAGGGAGAGGAGAGGGACGCAGCACUACAACAGACCCAGGUUCUGCAGGAGGAGGAGAGGAAGCAUAAGGCUGGUUCUGAAGAGGGACUGUCUAUGGAGAAGAACCAGCAUCUUUCCUCGAAGUCUGAGCCCCAGACGCAGGACCUCUCCCCCUGUCCCCAGACCCAGCAGCUCCUCCACCCGGCUGUGUUGGUGGCCCAGCUGCAGCGGAGCCAGGGGGAAGUGCUACGGCUGCAGACGGAGGUUGUGGAGCUGAGAGCCCGGCUGCAGCUGGGAGCAGAGCUGCAGAUAAGGAGUCAGGUGGAGGGGCUCAACAGACAGCAGGUAGAGGAGCUGCUGCUGGCCCAGGAGAGGGAGGAGGCUCUGGGACAGGAGCAGCGCCGCAAGGCUCAGGCUUCACAAGGCCUAGUCCUGGAGCUGGCCUCCGCCAGGGAGGAACUCCACAGCCUGAAGACACGCUAUGAGGGUCUGGCCCUGGAGCAUGGAGACAUCCGGGAGGCCCUGGACCACAACAACAGAGAGACAGCAGAGCUCGGGGUCCACAUAUGCAGGCUCACUGCCCAGAAUGAGGAAGCGCGAGAGCGAUGGGAGGUGCUGUCCAACAGGUUUCAGGAGGAGCUGAACACCAGCAUGACCUCCCUGCAGCAGGAAAACCUCGGCCUGCAGGAGCAGCUGCUGAAGGAGCGGGAGGAGAAGGGGAGGCUGGGGAAAGAAGAGCAAGGAAAGGUCAGGGCUCAGAAGGAGGCACAGCAGGAGGAGAUCCAGGCACUACGCUAUCAGCUCAGCAACCAGACCAUAAACCACCAGACACAGUUACAGAUUAUGUCUGAAGAGCUGAAGACUGUGAGGUCUGAAGUGGAGGUGGAACAGGAGAAUAAUUUAUACCUGAAGACCAAACUGAGGGGGUGGAGGUCAGGCACAAACAUACACACAUUUUUUAAAUCUUCUCACUCCUUCUUAACCUCGACCCUCCAAGACCUUCUAACAACUGAACACGUUGUUGUUGUUGUUAGAGAGGAGGAGCUAAUGCAACAGAGAGAGGAGGAGCUAAUGCAACAGAGAGAGGAGGAGCUAAUACAACAGAGAGAGGAGGAGCUAAUACAACAGAGAGAGGAGGAGCUUCAACACAACCUCACCAGGAGUGAAGAGAGCCUGGUUGUGUCUCAGAGGUCCUGUGAGGAGCUGAGGGAGGGACUACGGAAAGCCUGUCAGGACAAACAGAGCUAUGAGCUCCGGACCUCAGCUGAACUGGACGACCUCUACAGCACCAAAAUCAAUCUGGAGGAAAGACUCAUAGAACUCAUCAGAGAGCGCUGCUGCCCAGACUGCUACAGCCAGUACACAGCCGGCUUCUUCUCCUCAAGAAGAUACCUCUAUUACCUGGCUGUGCCAAGGGCAGAUGAUGGUGCAUAUGGCAUCAUAACAGAAGAGGAAGGUAAUUCUGUUUCCAACAGUGACUCUCUCUCCUUCACUGCCUGCUCUCCUCACACCAACCCCCAGGGGGAAGCAGAGCUCAACGGUGGUGCCAGUACAGCAGAAACCACAUCAGAGGACCAGACUGGAGCUGUUCAGGAUGCAGAGAUCUGUCUGCUGAGGAGUGGAGAACUCACGGUGCGUGUUCCGUUCAGUGUGGAGGAGAUCAGUGUAUUUGGUGAUGGUCUGAGGGAGCUGUUCAUCAGGUCUGGUUGUUACAGCUCCAUCCCCAUUACUGGGUCUACCCUUGGUGCUACCAUACACUGGCUGUUCACCUCACAACCCAAGAGCAUCUCAUUUAGUGUGCUGUACAGAGAGGACACACACACACCUCUGGAGGAGGCUAAGGUACUGAUCCCUCUGACUCGUUGUCAAUCCCACAAAGAGACCAUGACAGGAGAGCUGAUAGUCUACACACUCAUCUUUGACAACUCCUUCUCAAGGUUCAUCUCUAAGAAGGUGUUGUAUCGUCUGAGUGUUGAGCAGCCAGUGGUCUACGAUGGAACACAUUGACUGUCUGGAGAGGAGAAGACUGUUCUGGUCCUUUAUCCGCAGUCUCUCUGUUCUCUUUAGAUGAGAGGGUGUUUGAAACAAAGGGACUGACUAAGAUGAGAAAAACUCUGUUCUCUUUUCGUCAUCUGGCUGUUGUUAUUAUAUAAGAGGGAGGUUUGGUUGUGUUGUUAAAGUAGAGUGCCUGUGUGUCAGUCAUGGUUCUACGACUGGUCUGUGUAUCUGUAGGUCAAAUGAACUGUGCCUUCAGUUGAAUGGACCCGGACAGACUGGAGAGUUGAAUGGACCCGGCCAGACUGGAGGGUUGAAUGGACCCGGCCAGACUGGAGAGUUGAAUGGACCCGGCCAGACUGGAGAGUUGAAUGGACCCGGCCAGACUGGAGAGUUGAAUGGACCCGGACAGACUGGAGAGUUGAAUGGACCCGGCCAGACUGGAGAGUUGAAUGGACCCGGCCAGACUGGAGAGUUGAAUGGACCCGGCCAGACUGGAGAGUUGAAUGGACCCGGCCAGACUGGAGAGUUGAAUGGACCCGGCCAGACUGGAGAGUUGAAUGGACCCGGCCAGACUGGAGAGUUGAAUGGACCCGGCCAGACUGGAGAGUUGAAUGGACCCGGCCAGACUGGAGAGUUGAAUGGACCCGGACAGACUGGAGAGUUGAAUGGACCCGGACAGACUGGAGGGUUGAAUGGACCCGGACAGACUGGAGGGUUGAAUGGACCCGGACAGACUGGAGGGUUGAAUGGACCCGGCCAGACUGGAGAGUUGAAUGGACCCGGACAGACUGGAGAGUUGAAUGGACCCGGACAGACUGGAGGGUUGAAUGGACCCGGACAGACUGGAGGGUUGAAUGGACCCGGACAGACUGGAGGGUUGUGACGUCAUGUAAAACAAGGAGUUAGAAUGUUCCUGCUGCUGAAUCAGGAGGUCUGGUCUGGUUUAGAAAAUAGUAGGCAGAGAAAGGUCAUAUGAAAACACUGUUAUUGAUCCAAUUAAAGCAUGUUAAAUGUU